CCACUUCUCUCUUCCGGGUGUUGGCAGUCCGCUAACUGGGGUUGACUAGACAGUAUACAGCUUUUGUGAAAUUUGACUUUUCGUAGCAGGUUAGGAUAAUUUACACAGCAUGUUAGGAUAAUUAACGUAGCACGUUAGGAGAAUUAGGUUAAUAUUUGGAAAAAGGUCAGAGUUAGCUAAAAUGCCAAAAUAAAUACACUUUUGACAAAAGCUGUAGCCCUUCUAGCCUUGACCUCUUACUGGGUGAAAGGUGAUGAGAAGCGCUGCAUACACCACGAGCGGAGCAACAACACAAACUACCGCAAGCGCCUUCCUCUACAGUCUAGUCUAGAAAAUAGCCGCAACAUUAUUUUUAUUUUGAAUGGACGAACGAAGACAACUUUCCACAUAUCGGAAUUUGCAGAAUAUCGCAAAAUACUACGGUGACAUGACCAACCAGGUGUCAGAGUUCCCCACUGAGCGGACGUUCCAGUACCAGCAUAGCCUGCCUCCUCUCCCUGUACCAUCUCUAGAGGGGAGCCUCGCCAAGUACCUGGAUGCAGUGCGGCCGUUUGCUACAGAGGAGGAGUACCAGGUGACUGCAGCUGUAGUGAAGAGGUUUGGAGAGGGCAUCGGCAAAGACCUGCACCAAAAACUACUGCAGAGAGCCAGGACACACAGGAACUGGUUGGAGGAGUGGUGGUUGAAUGCAGCCUAUCUGGAAUUGCGUUACCCCUCCCAGUUGAAUGUGAACUUCGGAGGUCCUGCACCCUACCUAGAGCACUGCUGGCCCCCUACAGAGGGAGUACAGCUACAGAGGACCAGCAUAAGCAUGUGGCACACUCUACAGUACUGGGACCUGCUUCGCACGGAGAGGCUGGACCCACAUAAAGCUGGUAAUGUGGUGUUGGAUAUGGACCAGUUCAGAAUGCUGUUCUGUACAUGUAAAGUUCCUGGAGUCACCAAGGAUACCAUCAUCAACUACUUUAAGACAGAGAGCGAGGGUCCAUGCCCCUCCCACGUGGUGGUGAUGUGUAAGGGGCGUUUCUUCUCGUUUGAUGCAGUGUGCGACGGACACAUUCUUACCCCUCCAGAGCUGCUCAGGCAGCUGACCCAUGUGAAGCAGUGUUGUGAAGGGGAGCCAGCGGGAGAUGGUGUCGCCGCUCUCACCUCAGAGGAGAGGACACGCUGGGCUAAGGCCAGGGAGUAUCUGAUAGGUAUAGAUCCAGCCAAUAAGACCAUCUUAGAGACCAUCCAGAGCAGUCUGUUUGUGGUCUCACUGGACGAUGCUAAACCCUACGCUACUGCAGAGAACUACACACCAGUGACCCGGGAAGCGCUGACAGGAGACCCCACCAUCCGCUGGGGUGACAAGUCCUACAACUCCCUCUCCUUCGCCGACGGAACCUUCGGAUCCAACUGUGACGUGUGUGCUUUUUUUACUCAUGCCCCCUACGAUGCCAUGGUGCUGGUAACUCAGGGUUACUAUGUGGAUCAGCAGCUCAAAGCUACAGACGGCAGGUGGAAGGGCUCUGAGACGGUGCAGCCUAUGCCUCUUCCUGAAGAGUUGGUCUUCACUGUGGAUGACAGAGUCAGGAGGGACGUUGCACAUGCCAAGCAACAGUACUUCGAGACUACUCAGGACUUGCAGGUGGUGUGUUAUGCGUUCACCUCGUUUGGGAAAGCAGCCAUCAAACAGAGGAAGCUCCACCCAGACACCUUCAUACAACUGGCCCUUCAACUGGCUUAUUACAGACAGCAUGGGAGGUUAGGUAGUUGCUAUGAGACAGCGAUGACCAGAAGGUUCUACCAUGGCAGGACUGAGACCAUGAGGCCCUGUACCCUGGAGGCACAGAACUGGUGCCAUACCAUGCUCCUCCCUGCAGCCAGCGCUGAGGCUAAGAGGAAAGCCUUGCUGCUGGCCUUCAACAAGCACAACAAACUGAUGGCUGAGGCACAGAACGGAAAAGGUUUUGACAGACAUCUCCUGGGCCUUUACCUGAUCGCCAAGGAGGAGGGACUUCCUAUGCCAAACCUUUUCACUGAUCCACUGUAUUCCAAGAGUGGCGGGGGCGGUAACUUUACCCUGUCCACCAGUCUGGUUGGCUACACCACAGUCCUGGGAGCGGUUGCUCCCAUGGUGCACCAUGGCUACGGGUUCUUCUACCGCAUCGGAGACGACAGGAUCGUGGCUUCUUGUACGGCGUGGAAGUCCAGUCCAGAGACGGAUGCAGAGGCACUGUUCCAGAACCUGGUUUCCUCCCUACAUGACAUGUUACAUCUCGCUACCACAGCUCAGCUCUAACACACACACACACACACACACACACACACACACACAGAGUUUGUAGAUGGUAGUCAAUAAUAGUUUAGUUCUGCACAGAUCAAUGCAAAGGCACAUUUAUUUUUUUCUACAUUUAAUAAAGAAAAAUAUAUUAUUUGUUUAAAUGCAGCUCAACAAAUGAGUUUAUUUUGCACUUAGUGAAUCAUUCUCUGUGAUUUUAUGUAGCAGCUAGAUCGGGGAUUCCCUGUUUUCAAAAUGUAUAGAUUGAAUUUCCUACCACGAUUCUGUUUAGAUUUCGUCUGUUUUUAUGUUAUGAGAAACAUUUAGUGUUAACCCAUGCCAUGCACUGCACACCGCUAAGCUAACAUACACAUCCUAACUCGCUGUCACCAUAACACUUCCACUCUGCAGUGACCAGCGUAGCAUCGCGUCGCCUGUCCCUGGUCAUUAGUGAUUCAUGAAUAGUAUUAUUUUUCUACAUUGAUUGGCUUUUCCAGAAGAGUGACUGAGGCAUAGAUGUUCUUGGUUGGUUGAAAUGACUCUUUUAGAACGUAACUGUCGUUGUAGCUGUGAAAUUGAGAAACAGAGAGAAACGGGUCAUGUUGUCUUUGACUACCGUCUCACCUCAGGCCUCAUGGGUAUUAUAUAAGGGCCCUACUCAAUCAAAACUGUUUUCCAGUUUCCAGGGCAAGAAAAAUUGUUUUUAUGUUUUGCACAUCAGUAGAGGAUUAUGCAUUUGGCUGGAUAUGAUCAAUGAAACAGUGUUUGGGUGAGACGGAAAGAAAGUCAAUUAUAAUGUGCCUUUUUGCUGUGUCCUUAUUUUAGUCUGUCCCCAGAGAUCUGGUUAGUGGUUUUGAUUGAAUAGCUCCCUAAUUGACCGAACUUUUUAGACUUCAAUAGCUCUACCACUCCUAUGCCAGAUCCAUAGGCUGCCGCCCUAUGCAAUAUGCCAUUUUAUGUAGUAGAUGUCUGUAAUAAUGAACAUUCCUGUCACAAUUUACCCAUGAUACAUCACGGUUUUGAUGCUCUCGAACACAGCAUUGUGUUAAUACCGCUCAGACAGUCUUGAGAUUUUCAGCAUGUUUUUUUGUUGUAAAUGAUAGAAAAGUGAUAAAAGACGAGCGCUGCAUUUGAUUCAGUCAACAGAAUGAAAAGAAGCUGUUUUAAUGCCUAAAGUAGUGAAAAUGAUGUAACCCACUUUACAGUAGGAAAAUUAUAGUAUUGACUUGGCUGACAAUGUAAACUUGGAAAAUGUUUUAUUGAAUAUGAAAGUUGUUUAGUGUGAUUGAACUGACAAAUCAAAGUGAUUGAAUCAUGUCAUGAGCCCAAAUAUUCAAAUAAAACAUCUUUAUUAAUGAUACCUGUUUACAUAAGGAAAAAAGUCAUGCAUACAUACAGUACAUACCCAAGCAGAGGUCAGUUAAUUCAGUGCAACGUAGAAACAGGAACGUGGUUUGUAUCAAUAUACUGUUAGUGCUUGAGCCCCAACCCUCAGCUGUGUGUGUGUGUGUGUGUAUAUCACUCAACAUAUUACCUUCAGUUAAGGUAAACAAAACAUUCAGGAACUCUUUGGUCCUUUCAAAUACCUCAGGCACUUCCAGUAGCAUGAGCAUAGCACAGAGACAGUUUGGAAGGCCACAUCUCAUGAUCAUUUAAAAAAGAAUUCCUCUCAACAUUAAAGGUCCAAUGCAGCUGUUUUUUAUCGCAAUAUAAAAUCAUUUCUGGGUAACAAUUAAGUACCUUACUGUGAUUGUUUUCAAUUAAAAUUG